AUGACCGCAGUUGAUUAUUGUUAUCGAGUGUUGGAAAAAUUGACUUUGACUAUUGAAGCACUGCAACCGGUUUUAUCAAAUUUGACAAUUCCUGCUAAAAUCGGAGAUUCUUAUUUAAAAACACUUAAAAUUCCUUCACUUCACGAUGUUAAUAUAAAUGCUCGAGAACCAUUGAAAAUAUUAGCAAAUUUUUUUCAAGUAGCAGUCAAUAUAUUGCCAUCUUUUCGUCAAAUAAACAAUACAGAUGAUUAUAAUAAUGCAAUUCCCAUGGGACAAGAAUUGAAUGAAACAUCUGAAAAAACAAUUGCAGAACCAAGUGAACAAAAUGGAUGUCAUUUGAAUGGAGAAAUGCAAGCAAUAAUACCAUCGAAUUUACCAGCAUUUUCUAUUCCGAAAGAUAUUUGUACAACUAUAUCUUUAUCACAAUUAUUAUUACAAGCUCAAGAAUAUGUUCAAAAAUUAAAAUUAACUGACUUAAAAAUAUAUGAACAACCACAAGAAUUUUGGAAAAAACGUUCUAUUAAUUGUUUAAAAAAUAAAUGGUGUCCAGCUAUUCAAGGGCGAAGUGGCAAACAACGACAUUAUAUUGGCAUAAAAUGGUCAAAAUUACAUAAUAGCAAUGCAAAUAAUUUAUUUGUUCUUGUUCAAUUACUAUCACAUGAUAAUCAAUCACAUCAAUCAAAAGUCUUAGUACCACCGGAAACAAUAGUUAAGCAAUCAAAAUUAUCAGGAAGAAGACAAAAAAGAAGUAACAGACGUCAAACACUUAAUGAUUUGAUUAUCAAAGAUAUAUAUGGAUUUAAUAAAGCAACUAACACUAUUCUUUGUCCUAUUACUGAAGAUGAAUAUUGUCAAUGUAAAAAAAAUUUAAAAUUAAUAAUGUUCAGUUUAUAUAAAACAUAUGAAGAAAUUGAGAACUCAAAUUAUAUACAAGAUUCAUAUGACAAUCAAAAAGAAUAUGAAGAUGAAGAUGAAGAUGCACCUGCAGAUGAAGACGAAGAUACUUCUAUCGAAAAUCAAUUACUUAAAUUAUGCAAACUUCGUAUUCGUCUUUGUCGACGAACAAGUAAAAAUACAUUAGAAUAUAUAUCCAAUUGCAUCGAUACGGAGUUGAUCGAAGAAAGUAAAGGUAACCAAACAUUAUCUAUUGAUCAAUCUCAAGUAACUCCGCAAUAUCUUUGCAAAUGUGGUAAUGAAAUAAUUGUAGUACCAUUGAAUACGGAUAGUGAAAAAAAUGGUUUUACCGUACGUUUGAAUGAUACACAAUUAAAUUCUUCUCAAAUUCAUGGAGUUAAGGGUAAACAUAUAUUUUUCAAGUCACUUCCAGAUGAAAUACCUCGACAAAAUUUUCUACGUGUAAUGGUUUCAAAAAAAAGUGUCGCAAAAACAAUUAAACAAAAUCAUAAUCCAUAUGAUGGUAUUGAUGAAAAUACUCUAUUAAAUUUAUGUAUUAGAUAUGUAGAAAAUAGUGAUAAUCUACAUCAUCAUAAAAAUGAUGAAUACAAAAUUUCCAUGCAAACAAAUGAAAUCAAUCGAAUAAACAAAUAA